AUGGCGUGCGGCGGGGGGAGCGGCGCCAGCCCGGGGUCCGCCAGCCCGGCACCGCUCUGGUACCACCGGGACCUGAGCCGAGCGGCGGCGGAGGAGCUGCUGGCCAGAGCCGGGCGAGACGGCAGCUUCUUGGUGCGGGACAGCGAGAGCGUCUCGGGCGCCUACGCCCUCUGCGUGCUGUUCCAGAAGCACGUCCACACCUACCGGAUCCUGCCAGAUGAGGAUGACUUCCUAGCGGUGCAGACGUCGCAGGGAGUCCAGGUGAGGCGCUUCAAGACCCUGAACGAGCUGAUCGCGCUCUACCUGCAGUCCAACCAGGGCCUGGUCUGCACCCUGCUCUUCGCCGUCGAGCGGGAGAAGGAGAAUGCCGAGGACAGGGACUACUCAGAUGGGGAGGAUGAAAAGCCCCCGUUACCGCCACGCUCCGGCUCCACCAGCUUCUCCCCCGCCAGCCUCGGACCAGCCACGCAGGACGGGGCCAUCGAGAGUGCCACCAACGGCCUCAGCACGGUCUCCCACGAGUACCUGAAAGGCAGCUACACCCUGGACCUGGAGGCUGUCAAAGCCGGGGCCAGCAGCCUGCCCCAUCUCAACAAGACCCUGGUCACCUCCUGCAAAAGGCUACACAGCGAGGUGGACAAGGUCCUGUCCGGGCUGGAGAUCCUCUCCAAGGUGUUCGACCAGCAGAGUUCGCCUGUGGUCUCCCGGAUCCUCCAGCAGACUGCCGGCCAGACAGGAGAGCAGGAGCUGGAGAACCUGGUGCUGAAGCUGUCUGUCCUGAAGGACUUCCUGUCCAGCAUCGAGAAGAAGGCUCUGAAAGCUCUCCAGGACAUGAGCUCCACGGCCCAGUCUACCCUGGCCCAGCCCUCCUCCCGCAAAGCCAAGAGCAUCCCCGUGCAAGCAUUCGAGGUGAAGCUGGACGUCACCUUGGGGGACCUCACCAAGAUCGGCAAGUCGCAGAAGUUCACGCUGAGCGUGGACGUGGAAGGCGGGAAGCUGGUGGUGCUGAAGAAGCAGAAGGACUCCCAGGAGGACUGGAACACGUUCACCCACGACAAGAUCCGACAGCUGAUCAAGUCCCAGCGGGUGCAGAAUAAACUGGGGAUCGUCUUCGAGAAGGAGAAGGAUAAAACUCAGCGGAAAGAUUUUGUCUUCGUCAGCGCCAGGAAGCGGGAGGCGUUCUGCCAGCUGCUGCAGCUGAUGAAAAACAAACAUUCCAAGCAGGACGAGCCCGACAUGAUCUCCGUCUUCAUCGGCACGUGGAACAUGGGAAGCGUGCCUCCCCCCAAGAGCAUCACGUCCUGGUUUACGUCGAAGGGCCUGGGGAAGACGCUGGAUGAGAUGACGGUCACCAUCCCCCAUGACAUCUACGUCUUUGGCACCCAGGAGAACUCGAUGGGGGACAAGGAGUGGGUCGACUUCCUCCGGGGCGUGCUGAAGGAGUUCACGGAGAUCGAGUACCGCCCGAUCGCGAUGCAGGCCUUGUGGAACAUUAAGAUCGCCGUCCUGGUGAAACCGGAGCACGAGAACCGGAUCAGCCACGUCAGCACCUCGAGCGUGAAGACCGGGAUCGCCAACACGCUGGGCAAUAAAGGGGCCGUGGGAGUCUCCUUCAUGUUUAAUGGCACCUCUUUCGGCUUUGUGAAUUGCCAUCUGACCUCAGGCAACGAGAAGACGGCCAGGCGGAACCAGAACUACCUGGACAUCCUGCGCUUGCUGUCCCUGGGCGACAAGCAGCUCAGCUCCUUCGACAUCUCGCUCCGCUUCACCCAUCUCUUCUGGUUCGGGGACCUCAACUACCGCCUGGACAUGGACAUCCAGGAGAUCCUCAACUACAUCAACCGCAAGGAGUUCGAGCCGCUGCUCAAGGUGGAUCAGCUCAACCUGGAGAAGGAGAAGCACAAGGUCUUCCUGCGAUUCGGCGAGGAGGAGAUCACCUUCCCCCCGACCUACCGCUACGAGCGGGGCUCCCGCGACACCUACGUGUGGCACAAGCAGAAGCCCACUGGGGUCCGCACCAACGUCCCCUCCUGGUGUGACCGCAUCCUGUGGAAGUCGUACCCCGAGACCCACAUCAACUGCAACUCCUACGGAUGCACUGACGACAUCACGACCAGCGACCACUCCCCUGUCUUCGGAGCCUUCGAAGUCGGAGUGACAUCCCAGUUUGUCUCCAAGAAAGGGCUCUCCAAGGUCUCAGACCAGGCCUACAUUGAGUUUGAGAGCAUCGAAGCUAUCGUGAAGACGGCCAGCCGGACCAAGUUCUUUAUCGAGUUCUACUCCACCUGCCUGGAAGAGUUCAAGAAGAGCUCCGAGAACGACAUGCAGAGCAGUGACAACAUCAACUUCCUGAAGGUUCAGUGGUCCUCGAGGCAGCUGCCCACGCUGAAACCGAUUCUGUCCGAGAUCGAGUAUCUCCAGGACCAGCACCUGCUGCUCACGGUCAAGUCCGUCGAUGGCUACGAAUCCUACGGCGAGUGCGUGAUCGCCCUGAAGUCCAUGAUCGGCAGCACCACCCAGCAGUUCCUCACCUACCUGUCCCACCGCGGGGAGGAGACGGGCAACAUCCGGGGCUCCAUGAAGGUCCGGGUCCCGGCUGAGCGGAUGAGCACCCGGGAGAGGCUCUAUGAGUGGAUCAGCAUCGACAAGGAUGAAACAGGAGCUGCCAAGGGGAAGCUGCCGCCGGUCUCCCGGACCAGCCAGGAGCACGCCAAAUCCGCCGGACGGAAGCCCCUGCCAGGGGAGACGGCAGCCUGCCCCCUCGGGAAGCUGUUUGACGAGCCGGAGAAGCCCAGCGCCCUGACUGCCAGCCGCCUGCCAGCCCCGCUCCGCGGCACCUCCAGGGAGGAGACCUCUCAGACCAGGUCCAAGCAGGACUCGGCCUUGGAGCCCGACGGCGGCCCCACGAAGAACAGCUUCAAUAACCCGGCCUACUACGUGCUGGAGGGGGUCCCACAUCAGCUGCUGGCCGCGGACCCUCCCGCCCCCUCCAAGGGGCUGGCCCCCAAGAACAAAGUGCAGAUCACGGUGCCCGUGCAGCCGGAGUGGCGCCGCCAGCCGCUCCCGGGCCGGGGCGAGGAGAGCUCCUCGGACGAGGACACGGGCACGCUCAACCUGCCGCCCCCCGACUUCCCUCCCCCGCCCCUGCCCAAGGCCGUGGAGUUUGAGGUGGCCGAAAACCCUCUCUACGCCAGCUCCAAGGACCUGGGUGGGGCAGCUGGCAGGGAGGAACCCGGCACCGCCAAGCCGUGGGCUUCCGUGGCCUUCAACGACCCCUUGGAGUCCAAGCUGGCCCCGCCCAAGCUACACCCCAGGCCUCCCCUCCCCCCCGGACCUGGUUUCCUGGUGGAGCCCCCCAGCGCCUCCCAGGCCCAGGGAGGCCUCCUGGAUGAUCGCUCCUGCUCGGUGCUGCAGAUGGCCAAGACCCUGAGCGAGGUGGAUUAUCCGGGCAGCAAAGGGGGCAGCGGCCUGGGGCGGGAGCAGCAGGGCCGGCCGGCUCCACAUCUGCUCAGCAAAGGACGGCUGGACCUGCCCCCCAGGUGCAUGCACCCCGACUACAGCCGGCCCAUCACCUUCCCACCCCGCUCCAUCCGGGAGAGCAUCGAGGAGGACCUGGCUGAGGAGGCGCUGGGCCAGGGAGGGAGGAGCAGCUCCAGCCUGAGUGAGUGCAGCGUGGGCGAGUGGCUCCUGGCCCUCGGGCUGGAGAGGUACGAGGAGGGGCUGAUCCACAACGGCUGGGACGACCUGGAGUUCCUCAGUGACAUCACGGACGAGGACCUGGAGGAGGCCGGGGUGCUGGAUCCCAAUCACAAGCGCCUCCUGCUGGAGAACCUGCUGAAGCUCAGGAAGUAG